AUGUCUCAAUUUCUGGCUUUAGGCAGUACUAAUGCAGCUUCAAAUAAUGUAUCUGCGAGCAGUCUUGGAUUAAGCUAUGCUAACACUGCGCAGAUAGGAACAAAUUUUGUGUUGAACGACAACAGACCACUGCACCAGCAACAACCACCAUCGGAAUUCACGAUUGAUGGUUUUCUAGCUUUACCUGGUGCAUCAAAUAGUGUAGCAAAUCAUGGUGUUGUCGGUUCACAGCCAGUAUCACAUCAUCUUGUCAAUUAUCAACCAAAUAGUAUGAAUGAGUUGAACAAUGGGACAAUAGACUUAUCAGUAUCUGGAAUUCAAGAAAGUCAGAUGAACGUCGGCGGACUUAGGCCACCCCCAUAUCCUCCAAUCAAUCCUGUGUCCAAACUGGACAAAAAGAUGUUACUACAUAUAGAUAAAUAG